GGAGAUCUGAGAGCACAACAGGUUGGACGAGGACAGAGCACAAAGCAAACGAUAAAAAGGGAGUAAGCUUGCCGUGAGAAGGAAAACCCAGGGUUUUUGGCCGUAUGCAUGGAGUGGAACGAUUACGAACUAUUUAAAGCUGGACGCCAAAAACUUUGGGUAUCUGUUGUGCUCCGGCCCCAGAGCAUGCCACAGGUACCUGAGACGAUGCGUGUCCCUCGCUCCUCGGCCUUAUGGAUUAUCCCUCUAUGUUACCUGAUUUUGGGACUAUGCCCAUGCGUGGCCUUCCAGAAGAAGGCCACCUGCAAACUGCAGGAUGGCAGAGCCGACUGCAGUCAUCUAGGACUCAGUGCAAUCCCCUCAGAUCUUCCCACCAACAUCACCAGCCUGGACAUGUCUCACAACACACUGGCGCGGAUCCUCCCGGAAACGCUAAACCGAUUCUCCAGCCUGCUUCAGUUAGACAUCAGCUACAACAGCAUCACCAAGCUGGACGGCUUGUGCCAGAGCCUGCCUUUGCUGCAGACGCUGAACCUGGAGCAUAAUGAAGUGCAUCUGCUGAAAGAAGAUGAUAUGACUCAUUGCACUGGUCUAAUAUGGUUGAGCAUCAGUAGCAAUAGACUUAAGUUACAGGGCGAACCAUUCUCUACAUUACAGGGCUUGAAGUCUCUUGAUGUCUCAAACAACAAGCUGCUGUCAGCCAAACUGGGCUCAAAACCCCAGCUGCGCAGCCUGGUGAAGCUCAAUCUUGGACGCAAUGAUUUCACCACCCUUACGAAAGAGGACUUUUCCUUUCUAAACCUUUCAUGCCAUCUGGAAGUCCUCAUUCUGUCAUCUUUGCCUCUAAAAACGUUGGGUUCCGGUUGCUUUAAGCCCAUCUCAGGCCUGCGUACAUUAGUCCUUGACGGGAGCGUUAUGGACUCCCUGCUGAUUUCCAAACUCUGCUCAGAGCUCUCGGGGACAGCCAUUGAUGCCCUCUCUCUUCAGAAGACGAAGAUGGUCUCACUCAAAAACACAACCUUCACGGGACUGCAGAGGACAAAUCUGACCUCUCUGGACCUGUCUAAUAAUGGCAUGGUAACAAUUGAAGAAGGCUCAUUUCAGUGGCUGCCUCAACUUCAGUCUCUCAUCUUGUCAGACAACAGCAUCAAGCACCUGACCAGGGGAACGUUUCAGGGCCUUAAAAUGAUCAAAACUCUACAGCUAACAGGAGCAUUAGUGAAAGGUCACAAAUCCUCUCCUGCUAUUAUUGAUGAUUUUGUUUUCCAGCCAUUGAACACCCUUGAGAGCUUGAUAUUACAGAGAAAUUCAUUUGAAAUUAGAGAACACACCUUUACAGGCCUGACUGGUCUCACAGAGCUGGAUAUAAGCUGGAGGACCUACACCUCACCCAAAAUCAUCACUGACAAGACCUUUGCGUCGUUAGCUGGAUCGCCACUCAGAAAGUUAAAUCUGAUGGGAAACGCUCUAGCACAGAUCUCUCCCCAAAGCUUCUUGGCUUUGAGAAAUCUAACUACUCUCCUGUUGAAUAACAAUUUUCUCAAGCAAAUCCUUAUAGGCAGCGAAUUUGAGGGUCUAUCUAGUUUGCAGGAGCUUCACAUGACCAACAACAUCCAGUCUGUUAACCUGACCUCCAGCUCAUUUGUACAUGUGCCCAGUCUCAGAGUGCUGACCCUGGGCAAAUGUCUUACAGCCGAGUCCUUGAACCGGGACCCGUCUCCUUUCCGACCACUGUCCAACCUCACCGUUCUCGAUCUCAGCAACAACAACAUUGCUAACAUCCGGGAGAACAUGCUGGAGGGGCUGGGAAACCUCAGGGUGCUCAAACUCCAGCACAACAACUUAGCCCGGCUGUGGAAGAUGGCUAACCUUGGUGGGCCUGUGUUGUUUCUCAAACAUGUGCCACAGUUGGUGACAUUGCAGAUGGAUUAUAAUGGACUUGAUGAGAUUCCGAUGAAUGCGCUUAGUGGUUUGAAAAGCCUCAAGGAGUUGAGCCUUAGUAACAAUCUCAUAAACUACUUUAAGUACCCCGUUUUUGAUGAUCUGACGUCCCUUCGGGUUUUACGUUUAGAGAAGAACCUCAUCACGUCUGUGAGGCCAGAGGUGUUUAAAAUCCCCAUGAGCAACCUCAGCGUGCUUGUCAUGGCCAAAAACCCUUUCGACUGCACCUGCGAGAGCAUCCUGUGGUUUGUAACAUGGUUAAACAACACAAACAUGACCAGUGUGCCAGGUCUCAAUAACCAGUAUAUGUGCAACACUCCACUCAUUUAUUUUAAACACCCCAUCUUAGAUUUUGAUGCCCUCUCAUGCAAAGACAUGACCCCAUUUCAGACUCUCUACAUUUUAAGCAGCACAGCUGUCUUAAUUCUGAUGUCAGUUGCCUUUCUUGCUCGGUUCCAAGGCUGGAGGAUUGUGUUUUACUGGAACAUAUUGAUCAAUCGCACGUUAGGAUUUAGUGACGCCAAAGUUGAAGAGGGCAGAUGUUUCGAAUAUGAUGCGUACAUUAUACAUGCACAGGAAGAUGCCAGCUGGGUAGAGAGAUCUCUGGUCCCUUUGGAGAAUGAGCAGUGCCAGUUCUGCUUUGAAGAUCGGGACUCAAUCGCUGGAAUGUCCGUGCUCGAUUCUAUUGUGGAUAAUAUGAAAAAUUCCAGAAAGAUUUUGUUUGUCGUUACAGAGAGCCUUCUCAGAAAUCCCUGGUGCAGAAGAUUUCAGGUCCAUCAGGCACUUCAUCAGGUUAUUGAAGCCAGCAGAGACUCGGUUGUUCUGGUCUUCCUGCAAGAUGUGCAUGACUACAAGUUGUCUCGCUCGCUGUUCCUCCGCAGGGGCAUGCUGCGCCCAAGCUGCAUCGUGGACUGGCCAGUCCAAAAAGAGAGGGUACCAGCAUUUCACCAGAAGCUCCUCAUUGCACUCAGCAUGACUAAUCGUCUGCCGGACUGACUGUUCUUUCCCAUUAACAUAAAGUUUUUUUUCUCAAACAAACUCAGAGUUUGCAUUGAUAAUACUUACUGUGUGUGCUUUUUGCCUGAAUAUUUGGCUUUUAUAUAUGCAGUUCAGUUUAUGAAUGAUGCUGUAUUUGAAGGACAUUGUACAUUUAAACUACUUUGAUAAAGAUGGGGUGAAAUUAGUACUUUAACCAGAUAUUUAGAAGAAUAGAUUAAUUUGGGACACAGCUUUGUCUGUUUGGUUCUGGUGUUGUGGAAAAUAAAGGGUAUUCACUCCAUGAUCUGAAACAUUGUAAUUUGUUAUUAAAUGUUUCUGUUCUGGCAUCUAGUGGUUAGAAAAGGUAUUACAGUAGCCACCUGUUUUUAAAGAGAAAUAAUAGUCAUUAGAUAUGUUUUUCCAAUCACCAGUAAGAAUUUUACUGAACAUUCACUGUAUGAAAACUGCAAAUUAACAAUAUCCUGACAAAAGUUGGCCUCUAGUUGGUCUCAGUCAUUGAAAUAAAUACAGUUAGAACACAAAACAGCCUCAGACCAUACCCUGUUCACCUUGAGUGUUUUAACUACUAUUGAUAAAGAUUUUGACUAAAUGGUAAAGGA